GUAUAAAAUGUUCGCGCGCCCUCUUUCGGCCACGAUGUGGAACCGCGGUCCUCGCUCCUCUCGCGGUGCUGCGGUCAGCUUUCUCUCUCUAUAGGAAUGAUUCUACGCCAGAGGGGCGACUUAUCUCCUCCUCCAUCUCUCUUUCUCUCUGUCUUUUUGAUCCUCCAUCCGUCCUCCCAUUCCUCAUGCCGCCAGGUCUGUGCAGCUCGGUUCCUCCGCAGGUUCUUGCUGUAGGAUCAGCUCAGGGGUCCAUAGAAAAGGGCGUUUAAAGCAGAUGUUCCGAGUCCUCCUCUCUGCUCUGAAGUCUGUAAAUUACCAAAGUGGAUCUUCAGGAGAAGCGAUGGCCUCCUGCUUUACGUCUCACAAUAACAGCAUACAACUGUAGAAUGCAUUCUAUGCUGAAGACGGUGUUGUUAGCGCUGGUAGCGUCAGUGGUGCUGCUGAUGGCUGUGCUGCACUCAUGGCCCACUCGAGCCUACAGCACCAUAGAUGUACGACAGAGACCCGGCUCUGGAGUCGAGCGGCUGCUGGAGGAGAGGCUUCCCGAUCCUGACCCGAGCGCCAUCUCCAUCCCGUACCGUGUAAAGGAAAACAUCGCAGGGCUUCUGGCUCGUAACAGCUGUGUGUGCGAAGGUGAGAGGCCUGGUGUGAACUUACCUUUCGCCAAGCUGCUGUUCCCACGAGUAUCUGCCCACCCGCUUCACACGGCCUUCCAGCCAUCUCAGCUCGAUGAAAUGAAGAGACGGCGUGCCAAAGAGUACCAGGGCUUCCAAAUGAGGUCACAGACCCCUGCUGAUUUGUUGAUUGUAGCUGAAGCUAACAGCCCACUUCAGUACCCGACUCAGGGUGUGGAGGUUCGGCCACUCAAGACUACCCUUAUACCAGGUUUGGGCUUAAAAGACCUGCUGAGAGACGUUUACACUCUGAAUUUCUCGGCAUCUCUCGGUACAUUUAACGUUGCUGCAGAGGUCGAAGGGGUGAAGGUGAGAGGUGAUGGUGAGAUGCACAUGAUGCUGAGCAGCUUCCUGUUGCCCAACCUGAACCGCCCCCAAUUCAUCACCUACACAAACACACUGUUCCAUCCCAGCACUGCUGAUACAGUGCAGUUAGAGACAGAGGGGCAUCAGGCUCUUUUCACCAUUAAAAUCCGUCACGGCGUGACACCCAAACUCUACAACACGGGCCCGGAGGGAGAGAAAGAGUACAAUAUCAGUGCUCUUGUAACGAUCGCCACCAAAACCUUCCUGCGUUAUAACAAGCUUCAGGACCUGAUCGACAGCAUCCGGCUCUACUACCCCACCGUUACCAUAGUGAUAGCGGACGACAGUGAAAAUCCCAGGGUGGUGUCGGGGCCGUACAUUGAGCAUUACAUCAUGCCCUUUGGAAAAGGAUGGUUUGCAGGUCGUAAUCUGGCCGUAUCCCAGGUCACCACUAAGUACAUGCUGUGGGUGGAUGACGAUUUCAUCUUCACCGCCAACACCAAGCUGGAGAAACUGGUGGAUGUUCUGGAGAAGACCACGCUGGACCUGGUGGGCGGUGCUGUACGGGAAGCCACAGGCUACACUUCCACCUACAGGCAGACCAUCUCUAUUGAAGCUGGAGAGGAGGACGGAGACUGUCUCCACAUGAGACGUGGUUUCCAUCACAUCAUCCAGGGCUUUCCAAACUGCGUGGUCACCGACGGAGUCAUCAACUUCUUCCUGGCUCGGACAGAUAAGGUGCGGCAGGUGGGGUUCGACCCUCGGCUAACUCGUGUUGCCCACCUUGAGUUUUUCAUCGACGGCCUGGGGUCACUCCACGUCGGCUCAUGCGAUGAUGUCAUCGUCAACCAUGCCACCAAGAUCAAGCUCCCGUGGGGCCAAUCAGAGAGCGACAAAGCCUACGCGAAGUUCCGUUACCCUCUGGCUUCCUCAGACGCCACGCGAACAAAAAACGGCCUGUUGUACUUCAAAAACCGCUUCCAGUGUCUCACACACAACUGAUCACCGACCUCGGCGUCCCCGUCCCUCAUUCUGUCUUCCUCUCCCAAAAGACGUCUCUUUCUUUUUGUGAGUAGCUAAAGAGAGUCAUUGAGGGGAACUUUCAGGGUCAUGUGGAAUCAUGUGGGGUCGGUCGUCUAUGCCCUCACUUCCCCUUAUUUUUAGUGGGAAAGAAAAACAAAAGACACACACACACACACACACACACACACACACACACACACACACAUAUAUAUUAUAGUCUCCUCCUUUUAGAGGGGCAUAACCUCAUGAAAUUGUGACUAACAGUCGAGAGAUCAGUUGCGAGAGACAGUCGCAAGUUUGUUUUCACGAGUCGAGAUGAUAUCUGUUCUGUCCAUAUUUGGAUUUUUUCUUUGAAGGACUUCAGAUACAGAUACAUUCCUGUGUUUCUACGUUUCAAGUGGUUCUCGUUGUUUCUUCAGUCAUGGAUGAACCUCCUUUGAUGUUUCUAAGGGAAAUUUUGACCUAAGAUUCCUUCAGGAUGACAGACAGAAAAAUAAACCACCUGAAACUAAAUGCUGUAAAAUGGACAUAAUGGACUUUCUUUUUUUUUUUUUACCCUGAAGCACUGAAAAAGCUCUCAAAGGUGCGAUUUGUGAUCACGCCGAAGCCCCCUGAAAAGACACUUAAAAAAUGUAGACUACAUUAGAAAACGAGAGGCGGAGCUUCCUGAAUUCCUGACAGGCAGGGAGUAAGGGAGAGACACACCUCCUGGUCCUGAUUGGUCGAUAUCGAUGGUUCAUAUCAUGUGUUUACAGUGUGAGGAGACAAACCAAACAUCACCGAGCGCAGCUUUAAGAGCACUUCACAGAAACACAGACACUUUUUUUUUGUUGGAAUACAGUGUGUGUGUGUGUGUGUGUGUGUGUGUGUGUGGGAUCAUACUUGAGGAUCUUCUCUCCAAACAUUUGCACUAAAACAAAUAGACACACCGAAUGGAGAGAUGGCACCCGAGUUACUUUAGCACAAAUAAACCGAUCUGUCCAUUUCUCCACUUCUCCAUGUGCUUCAGCAACUAAUCCCACAUCAAUCUUUCUCCAUCAUCUCCAUUACAUAUAACCGAGUCAUGACCUGUGCCUGAGUGAUGUGGGCGGAGCUUAGUUUGAUUGGCUUGAGAUCAUCACGGGGAAUCUGAGACGGCAAUAAUCUGGUUUGUGGACACAAUGCCAGGGGUUUAAGCUCUGAAUGGAAAACAGGAAUCCAGGCUGGAGUUAUAGAACCUGGUGUUUCUCAACACUGCCUUGCUGAUCUCACGUAUUAUCAUAUCUGCGAGAUUUCUUUUUCUAACUUAGCAAUGCUUGAUACCUGUUAACUGCCUUGUCGCUGUGGAAACUUUCUUGCAGAAAAAGAAGUCGGAUUACAGAGAGACUUGUGUAGAGGUUUUUAAUCGGAUCAUAAUCAAAUCAAUUUUGUGAAAAAACAAACAAACACUUUCUCUUUUUUUGAGUUAAGAUCGACACACACACACACACACACACACACACACACACACACACACACACAUCCACUGGUACUGUAGAAGCAGAAAUAUCUACACCUUCUACAGAAAGUCUACCAGGUCCUAUUUAAACACGUAGUGGAACUGUUACCAAAGCAUCUCUGGAAACGCUUGUACAUCUCGGAAUCUUCUUCUAUAAAUCUUCUAAGCGGUGAAAAAAGCUCAGGUGAUGGACUGUAUAUUCUGUAGGAAAAGCGGGUCUCCAGGAAACAUGGGGAGGUGGAGACGUAAGACUUCUGAUUAGAAGAGUUGUGAGUUCAAAACCCAGCACCACCAAGCUGCCACUGAUGGGCCCUUGAGCAAGGCCCUUAACCAUCACCUGCUCCUUUUUAUAAAUGAGAUAAAUGUAAGUAUAUCUGGAUAAAGGCGUCUGACAAAUGCUGUAACUGUAAAUUGGCAGAAUAAGUUUGAAAUCAGACAAACUCAAACAAAAUAUUACAGUGUAUAAAAGGGGCGUGUCAGAACAGCGAUGCUUCCUGGCAUUUUUUAUUUUUAUUUGCUAAAACAUUGGGCAUUCGAGGUGGUAGCAAAAAGUUUAUGUUUAAACUGGUGCUGUUCAGACCAUGUGCAUUACCACAGCUGCGAUUUUAUCACGGACAGCGAGUUAGAACGAAGAGCAAACCUGAAAUUCUGUGUGAAACUGGGCCACAGAAGUGUCUGUGUGAGAUACAUUUAACAUACGAUGCUGGAACGAGUCGUUCGAGGUGUUUCCAGUGGCAAACGUGCUUCAAGAGCAGAAGAAUCUCACUGGAAGACGAGGAGAGAUCAGGAAGACUUUCAAUGAGCUCAACCCACGAAAAUGUUGAAACCGUUCGGCAACUCGUGCAUGAUGAUCAUCGGAGAACAAUCCACACGAUCUCACCUCCGCUCCCACCCUACUCGCCAGAUACGGACUUCACCCCCUCGAAGAUCCAGCUCAAAGCUCGCAGUUUUGACAUUUCAAUGAUUCCACACGCGAUCACGUGGAAACGUAGGUAAAUAAAGUGCUUUCUUGUAAA